GGGGGAGGAAGGCUGAGGGAAGAGGGCACCCCCGGGUGCCGGGGUGCAUUGUGGGAAGGAGGCGGCAGCGUCCCGGGCGGGCGGGAGGUGCAGCAGCGGCGGCGACGGCGGUAAAUCCUCCCGGCCGCUCACAGCACUGUGGAGCCGCGUCCCCAGCCCGGCCGCGGCCCGCGCGCCCCUCCUGCCCCUCGCGGCUUCGCGCGCGCCGGCCCCUCCUCCGCGCGCGGCCUUGCCUAUCCGGCCGGCCAGCCUGGCUCCCCUCCCCGGCCCCGCGGGGCGGCCGGGCUGCCCUGACGAGGCGGGGAGGGGAGGGCUGGACCGGCCGGCGGCCGGACGACCAUGCCGAACUUCUGCGCGGCUCCCAACUGCACGCGGAAGAGCACGCAGUCCGAUCUGGCCUUCUUCAGGUUCCCGCGGGACCCGGCCAGAUGCCAGAAGUGGGUUGAGAAUUGUAGGAGAGCAGACUUAGAAGAUAAAACACCUGAUCAACUAAAUAAACAUUAUCGACUGUGUGCCAAACACUUUGAGACCUCUAUGAUCUGUAGAACUAGUCCUUAUAGGACAGUUCUUCGAGAUAACGCAAUACCAACAAUAUUUGAUCUUACCAGUCAUUUGAAUAAUCCACAUAGCAGACACCGAAAACGAAUAAAAGAAUUGAGUGAAGAUGAAAUCAGGACACUGAAACAGAAAAAAAUUGAUGAAACUUCUGAACAAGAACAUGAAACUAACAGCAAUGCUCAGAACCCCAGUGCAGAAGGGGGUAACCAGCAGGAUGGGAACAUUUUGCCUUUAACCCUUGAAGAGAAGGAAAACAAAGAGUACCUAAAGUCUUUAUUCGAAAUUUUGAUUCUCAUGGGAAAACAAAACAUACCUCUGGAUGGGCAUGAGGCCGAUGAGAUCCCAGAGGGUCUCUUUACUCCCGAUAACUUUCAGGCACUUCUGGAAUGCCGGAUAAAUUCUGGUGAAGAGAUCUUGAGAAAACGCUUUGAGACCACAGCAGUCAACACAUUAUUCUGUUCUAAAACCCAGCAGAAGCAGAUGCUGGAGAUCUGUGAGAGCUGCAUCCGGGAGGAAACGCUCAGGGAGGUGAGAGACUCACACUUCUUCUCCAUUAUCACGGAUGAUGUGGUGGACAUAGCAGGGGAAGAGCACCUGCCUGUACUGGUGAGGUUUGUGGACGAGUCUCAGAACCUGAGAGAGGAGUUUGUGGGCUUUCUGCCCUAUGAGGCUGAUGCAGAGAUUCUGGCUGUGAAAUUUCACACCACAAUAACUGAGAAAUGGGGACUAAAUAUGGAGUAUUGUCGUGGCCAGGCUUACAUUGUCUCCAGUGGAUUUUCUUCCAAGAUGAAAGUUGUUGCGUCAAGACUUUUAGAGAAAUAUCCCCAAGCCAUCUACACACUCUGCUCCUCCUGUGCCUUAAAUUCGUGGUUGGUGAAGUCCGUCCCUGUGAUGGGGGUAUCGGUUGCUCUAGGAACAAUUGAGGAAGUUUGUUCUUUUUUCCAUCGAUCACCACAGCUGCUUUUAGAGCUUGACAACGUAAUUUCUGUUCUUUUUCAGAAUAGUGAAGAACGGGGUAAGGAACUGAAAGAAAUUUGCCAUUCUCAGUGGUCAGGCAGGCACGACGCUUUUGAAGUUCUGGUGGACCUCUUACAAGCACUUGUUUUAUGUUUAGAUGGAAUAAACAAUGACACAAAUACUAGGUGGAACAACUGUAUAGCUGGCCGAGCAUUUGUGCUCUGUAGUGCAGUGACGGAUUUUGACUUCAUUGUUACCAUUGUUGUUCUUAAAAAUGUCUUAUCUUUUACAAGGGCCUUUGGGAAGAAUCUCCAGGGACAAACUUCUGAUGUCUUCUUUGCAGCCAGUAGUUUGACUGCAGUACUGCAUUCCCUCAACGAGGUGAUGGAAAACAUUGAAGUUUAUCAUGAGUUUUGGUUUGAAGAAGCCACAAAUUUAGCAACCAAACUUGACAUUCAAAUGAAACUCCCAGGGAAAUUCCGUAGGGCUCAGCAGGGUAACCUGGAAUCUCAGCUAACCUCUGAGAGUUACUAUAAAGAAAGCCUCAGUGUUCCAACAGUGGAGCACAUUAUUCAGGAACUUAAAGAUAUAUUUUCCGAACAGCACCUCAAAGCUCUGAAGUGCUUGUCUCUGGUACCCUCAGUCAUGGGACAGCUCAAAUUCAACACGUCAGAGGAACAUCACGCUGACAUGUACAGAAGUGACUUACCCAAUCCGGACACGCUCUCAGCCGAGCUGCACUGUUGGAGAAUCAAGUGGAAACACAGAGGCAAAGAUAUAGAGCUGCCAUCCACCAUUUAUGAAGCCCUCCAUCUGCCAGAUAUCAAGUUUUUUCCUAACGUGUAUGCUUUGCUGAAGGUCCUGUGCAUUCUCCCGGUAAUGAAGGUGGAGAAUGAACGCUAUGAAAAUGGACGAAAGCGUCUCAAAGCAUACUUGCGGAAUACUUUGACAGACCAGAGGUCAAGUAAUUUGGCUUUGCUUAACAUAAAUUUUGAUAUAAAACAUGAUUUGGAUUUAAUGGUGGACACAUACAUCAAACUCUACACAAAUAAAUCAGAGCUUCCUACAAAUAAUUCAGAAACCAUUGAAAAUACCUAAGAGAUUUUUUAGGAUGGGUUUUGUCUUAUAUUUGGUAUUUGGAAGAAAAGCUGUAAAAUGUAAUAAUAGGCCACUUAAUCACUGAAUACCUUGCUGAUAGGCCUCCAGUUGAAUACAUUAGUCAUUGGCAAUGACUUACUUAAAUGGCCCCUGUUUGAACUCUUAUGCUUUCAAUACCUGCUCUUCCAGAGGAUGACAUUAUGAGUGCCAAAAUUCACCUUGGGACUGUCUGCUAGUGGUACUCUGGAAUUGUUUUAGUUAAAGUCAUUUUAGAUAAAACAUCAUUGUGUAUCCAGUUGUCAGGAAUUAUCAGGUCUUUAAAGAAAUGAAUUUUGAGAAGGAAUUGAAGAGAGGAAUGCAUUUUAUAAUUUGUUAGAAUGAAGUCCAUUAUUGACUUUUGACUAGUAGGACCUUUAAGUGUGAUAUUUAAAAUCUGUAAUAGCAGCACUUGGGAGGUGGGCAGGAGGAUCACAGAUUUUAAGCCAAGUUGGGCUACAUAGUGAGACUGUGUCUCAAAAAACAGGGAGUAGGGAUGUAGCUUAGUGGUGGGAGCACUUGCCUAGCAUGUGCAAGCCCUGGGUUCAUUCCUCAGCAUUGCAAAAGGCAACAACAGCAAAAAACAGCUGCAUAAUGGACAGUUACAGAAAUUAGCAGAGGGGUGGUGGUGAGCUCACCAAGCAGAUUUCAGUGUAGAUUUUUGUAUGUAUGAAAGGAACUCGAACGAGUUACAGAUUGAAUGGCAGAUCCUGGAGCUGUCAUUCCACAUCUGGUUGUUGCUGAAUACAUUCCUUUGUUGAGCCCACACUUUCAAAAGCUUCUCAGCAGGUAUACUGACUUCUACUUCAUGGUCAUGACAGACCCAGAGGCCAUCCAUACAGGCAACUGACUUGUCUGUUUUCUUCUGUCUUUUUAAACCAUGAUUAUAUCUACUGUCUCGUCUUGAUUUAUAAGCAGAACCUAUAAAAAUUAAUGUUUUGUGGUUUAUCUAAAAAGUAAUACAGAAAAUAUUGCUGUUAUUUUUGGUGAAUAAAAUCAAUUUUGUAUAGUUUAUUUCAAUCUAAAUAAAAUGUAAAUUUUGUUUAAACUUAAGGUACCUUAUUUUUGGUGGGGUCAGAACACAUUCUUUUGAUAAAUUCUCCAAAAACAUAUUUGCUAAUCAGUCUCACAGUUUUCACAUAUACUUCAUACUUCAAAAUGAAAUAUAUUCUGGUUUUUCUUUUUUGGUUUAAG